UCACUUACAGUUUUCUUUGACUGGAGUGACCGCUUGAAGUUCUACAAGUUGGGAGCCUACUGGCCUUACACUCCUUCCAUCCAUUUGUUUUAUGGUCUCAGAGCAGCUCUUGAUCUCAUUUUCUAGGAAGGACUUGAAAAUAUGAUUGCCAGAUACCAUCGCUCAGGAGAAGCAACCAGGCUUGCAGUGGAAGCAUGUGUUUGAAGAACUGCACACAGAAGGAGGAGUGGUAGAGUGAUUCAGUGAUUACGGUUCUUGUUCCUCCUUACAUUGAUACUGCUGAAAUAGUGAGAAUGGCAUGGAAGAGAUACAACUCUAGCUUAGGUCUUGCACUCAACAAAGUUGCUGGCAAGGUUUUCAGAAUAGGUCAUCUUGGCAACUUAGAUGAGUUGAAACUAUUGGGAUGUCUUGCUGGAGUGGAGAUGGUAAUGAGAGAUGUGGGAUACCCUGUGAAGCUUGGAAGUGGGGUUGGUGCUGCUUGUGCUUACUUGCAGAACAACACUCCUCUCAUCCCUUCCAGAAUGUGAUUUCAUUCUCACAUUCCUUCAAAUUCCUUUCUCUUUUCUGGAUUCCAUCUGAAUUAGACAAACA